CCCAAACAUAACCCAACUGUGUAUGAGUUUUCGUGUGUCGCCGUCCGCCGAUGCAACGAUGUAGUGUUUUCAUAUAAAUUUAUUAAAUAUCAUUAAUCUAAAACCCAAAUUUGCAAGGAAUGCAUAACGACGUGUUGAACAAUAGCAUAGUUUAUCAUUAAUUAUGCUCGCAAGUGAAAAAUCAUCGAUUUCGCUGUAUUUAUGAUGCAAAGAAGAUGAUCUAAUUCAAUAAGUGCAUAGUAAUAUAAGAUAUAACGUGAUAAAAUUGGUUAGUGCAAUAUGAGUGAUAACAAGCCAGAGAAACCCAAAAUAUUAGGGCCUAAACCCACCAUAGCCAACAAACCUAAAUUUAUCCCACCGGUUAACCUUAAGCUUCAGCCCCAACAACAACAACAACAACUUCAACUACACCACUAUCAGCAACAGUCAUCGACGCAACCACAUCCUGCCCAGAAACGUCCACCAAUGAAAUGUGAGGAUGUCUCGUACCAUCAACAACAAGCGCAGUUCCAUCAUCAAUUGCAACACGAUAAAGUGCAUUCAGUGAUACAGCGGCCAUGCAGCUUCAAUCAAGAUUGCAUUAAGAAGGCACCGAACUCCCCGAGCACAGUAUGUUGUAGUAUUUUAUCGAACACGGCACAAGACUGCUGUGGAGUGAUUAAGGACCUAAACGGUAAGCAAUUGUGCAAGAACGAGUCGUUAGACUCCAACUCGUCAGACUCCGGCGGCUUUAAGGAUUUCAUCCAAUUGGAUCUGACAAAAGACGUACCCAAACAUCACCAGCGCCAAAUAUCUCAACCAGACUUUAAUAAGAAUGUUCCACAUCAACAACAACAACAGUCACAACAUCAUGCACCGCAUUACAAUCAACACCAACCUUUGAGACAAUCAAAACCAUACGUCGCUAACGCACAGGCAUUGACGCCAUACCUGAAUCAGACGCAGGACAAACUGCUGAAGAUCGACUCAACUGAUGGCGAGAUGUUGCCACCCCCGCCGCCGAGACAGAUAAACAAGUUGAAUCUGGCGCAGGCGAGCCAAUUGUUCUCGGAGAAGACGGAUGUCAAACCAAAACAACCGGCGCCGCUGAUAUCGCAAGGACAGUUUCAACAGUCGACGAAGAAGUUGGAGGAAAUGCUGUCACAGCGCAUCGGCGGGCCAAUCAAGAAGGGGCCAACUUGUUUAAUCGAAGGCGAGUCCAGUGACACCGAACAGAAGUUGCUCGUGCAAAAGCAGUUUCAGCAGAAGUUGCAAGCAGAUCUCCAGCAGACUGUCAAACAUAUUCAGGAGAAACAGAGCAUCGAGUAUAGACUGCCGCAAAAUCGGAAGUGGAAUGAGAGCAACAGAAGUCAGCCGGCGAUUGGGCUCAAACACACGCCGAAGUCAAGGCCUACCAUCUUUGGAACUGUCGCAUCAGACCUGACGCCGAAGAACUGUUCCAAUAGAAGGAGUCUCCCUCAAACUCCACAAACGAAAAUUUUUAACGGAGAUAACGAAAACGAAUCUGCUACUCAACAGGAACAUGCUUUAGUGUACCGAGAUGGUAAUUUGAUAUCAGGUCCACUUGAGGCUUUGAUUCAGCACAUGGUGCCUACCGAUACUUACUACCCCGAACGCACCUACAUUUUUGCCUUUCUUUUAUCGUCGCGCCUCUUUAUAAAGCCGCACGACCUCUUGGACAGGAUCAGGGUGCUUUGCGAAGCUCAACAAGGACUAGGCAGUGGUAAACCUGCCACUUCGGCGACGGCUCGCUUUGCCGAACACCUGGUACAAUUACUUGCCGAGUGGACGGAAAUAUUUCCGUAUGACUUCCGAGACGACCGCGUGAUGCAGCACGUGCGCGGAAUUACGAAGCAUUGCAUAGAUUUGAAUGUCGGCUUGAUGUCCCAAGUGUCAGCGAUGUCACACAACUUACAGCAGCGUCGGAGCGCCCUCGAAGCUUAUGAGAAGUCCCUGGAGGAUUUAGCCGCGGUCGCUGACGAGAACUCUACGGAUAUUUCCGAGAUGUGUCCAAAUCCCGCCACAUUAGCACAGCAACUUACUCAUGUUGAGCUGGAAAGACUGUCGUUCAUUGGACCGGAGGAGUUUGUGCAAGCUUUCGCUAAGGAAAAUCCACAUUUGGAGACUUCCUUUAAGGAUAUGAAGAAGACCCACAAUUUGGAACAAUAUGUUCAAUGGUUCAACAGGUUAAGUUAUUUGGUGGCCACCCAAGUUUGUAAGUACCCUAAGAAGAAACAGCGAGUCAAAGUCGUCGAAUACUGGAUUGAAGUCGGGCGUGAGUGCUUCAACAUUGGCAAUUUUAAUAGUUUGAUGGCUAUCAUUGCUGGUCUCAACCUAUCUCCGAUUUCUCGACUAAAGAAAACUUGGUUAAAAAUUCAAUCUGGCAAGUUUGCGAUCCUCGAACAUCAAAUGGACCCGAGCAGUAAUUUUAGUAGUUAUCGGUCAACUUUAAAAGCAGCAAUGUGGCGUAGUGCAGGUGCCACCGAUCAGAGGCAGAGAAUUGUUAUUCCAUUUUUCAGUCUUCUAGUCAAGGACAUUUAUUUUUUGAACCAAGGCUGCUCGAACAAAUUGCCAAAUGGACACAUAAAUUUCGACAAAUUCUGGCAAUUGGCCAAACAGGUAACCGAGUUCAUGGCAUGGAAGGAAGUCACAUGCCCUUUUGAAAAGGAUCUUAAAGUGAUCACUCUCCUUCAGAAUGGUCCGAUACUCAACGAAAAUUCGUUAGCGCUCGCCAGUUUCGAGUGCGAACCGCCCGAAAACAAUCAGGAGAAGGAACGGUGCAAGUUGUUGAAAGCUUGAGACGCAGCCUAAACUUGCGAUGCUUGUAAAGUUUUUUUUGUUAAAUUAUUUGGCAUACACCCAGUGGUAUCUGUACAAACAAAUAUUUUAAUUGUUUAUUAUUUAUUAAUUUACUUCAGCUUCUUUAUUCUAAAAGAGGUUUUGUUGAUAUUGAUAAUAUAUUGUAUUAUUAUAGUUUUAUGACACAGAGAGGAAAUUUAAUUUUUAUAUCAAAAAUACUAUGUAUAUUUUGCUGUGGGGUGACCCCGACAAGCAGCAAUAUUAUAAUUAGUUAUGAUAAAUGUGAUCAGUGGUUUAUUUUUAAAAUGACUAAUAUUUAAUUAGUAUUUUGCAUUUAUCACAAUGUACAAUUAACUUUGAAGAUUCUUACUACACAAAUUUACUCAGUGAUCACUUGAUUUGCCACAAAUUUUUGAAGCUGUGUUUAGUUUUAAGUUAUUGCAUAUGCACAAACUAAUAAGAUAAUAGAAGUGAUGAACAUCUGGGAGCACAAAAUAGCUGGAACUGAGCGCUAAUAUAUAGCCUGCCGAUUUUGAGAAUCAUUCAAACAUACAAAAUAAUAGGAAGAAAAAUAUUUCUAUAUAGUUUUAUACAUUUUUGACGAAUUUUGUAACUUUUUUAUACCUCAGUGUUUUUAUAUGAAAACGAAAAAUGUACUUACAAAGUCACGAGCAUGACAAUUAGUAUUAUCGUGCAAAAUAUGAGUGAAUUCAGUUGCAAUUAGUUCUUGGUAGCUUGCGAAUGUAACUGCAAUAUAUUGGAAUAUUGUAUUAACGAAAUUAGCUUUGUAGAAGUCACAAUGGCAGGCAAUUUACACAAUAGUAAAGUAUUUAGUACGCAAAACAAUUACUCAUGGGUUUAUUAAAAGUUGUAUUUAGUUAUAUAAUGUGACACAAACUAUUUAAAGAAGUAUUAUGAAAUAGUAAUAUUCUGAAGUAGAUAUGAAGCGGCAAAGUUUGUAAUUUUAAAUUGGUGUCCACACAUAAGCGACAAACUCGUAAGUAUAAUUACUGGACAUCAUAAACAGAAACAUUCGACAAACUCAAGAUAGUUAUAGAGUAAUUAAUUAAGCAAAAGAUUCCAAAUUCUCCCGAUACGAAUAUUGUGCUUUGCAUACUCACCUUCAACUCAUCUAUUAAAAAGAAAAGACUUAAUUUUAUCAGUAUUCUAGUCAUUAGUUAAGAAUAGUCGCAAAAACAAAUUAAAUAUAUGUAGCUUACCAAGAUGAAUGGCAAAAUGCAAGAAACUACACUAUUAUACAACUUAUAAUUGUAGCUAAUAUUAUAUUAAUAUAUGUUGUAAUUGUGAAUCCACAUCAAUAUAUUUAAAAAAUAUGUACUAUAUCUUGAUAAAUCGUCUGUAUUGAUUUAUGUGAAUAAUAAAACCAAGAAUUAAUAAUAA